AUGGAGAUCGCUAAAGACUUUGCUUCGUAUGAAGAGCAAGCGAAGACCGCCCUUGUCAAAACUGUCAGGUCUGCUACACAAGUGUCUUCGCAAGACCUGAAUUUCCACCGUUCUUUGAAUGAGGAUAUAUCCGAGUCCGUUGAUGAGCAAAGCGCACGCCUCCUCAGCCUAACCAAUUCCAUCCUGAAAGUUGCAACGUCCGGAUCAGGACUGCGCAUCCCCGAACUACACAAUGAAGAUGACUUGGAAGACAACUGGAGAUCCAUUGUGGACGUGAUUGAUGAGCUCUUGGAAAAGGCCGAUGCUUGCCUUGAUGAAUUUACUGGCGUAAUCAAGAAACUUAGCCCAUCGCAAGAGCAACGAAGCGCCGCACUCAGCAAAAGGCCCGCAACCGCUCAAUUCCCUAGUGUUUAUGACUUCGGCCCAUCCAAAAUUUCCAAGCCGCAGCUUUUGUUCACCUCUCGUCCAAAUAAUAAUGACACUUCUCCUUUCAAACCAUUACUCCGAUCUAAACCUCAUGCGAUAGCUCCAUUAUCUGAAAGCCUUGGUGAAGCUGGCCCCAAUGACACUAUAACCUUCUACAAACAUCCCUACGAGACCGAAAUACGUAAUUCUCCUUAUCCCCAAUCAACAUACUCAAUAUCCCCACCGGUCGAAUAUAAAUCCUUUGAUGCUACAACCGCCACAUUUGUGGAUACCCUAGAAGGAGUCCACUCCAUGCUUGCGGAACUGAAAGAAGCCACCGAAAUAGCCAUUGAUCUAGAACACCAUGACGUGCAUUCGUACCACGGCCUUGUUUGUCUCAUGCAAAUCAGCACCAGAGAUCAAGAUUGGAUUGUCGACACAUUGAAGCCAUGGCGCGAGGAAUUGCAGGUGCUAAAUGAAGUGUUUACAGAUCCCAAGAUCUUAAAAGUGCUUCAUGGUUCAACUAUGGAUAUAAUAUGGCUUCAACGUGACCUAGGUCUUUACAUUGUUGGUCUCUUUGAUACAUACCAUGGAUCGGUAGCGCUAAAUUACCCUAAGAGGAGUUUGAAAUUUCUCCUAGAGAAAUUUGUAAACUUCAAGGCGGAGAAGAUAUAUCAGAUGGCUGAUUGGAGACUGCGACCUCUUUUACCCGGCAUGUUUGACUAUGCACGAUCAGAUACCCACUAUCUUCUUUACAUCUACGACCAUAUUCGAAACAGUCUUGUGGAGAAUUCAACACCUGCCCACAAAUUGGUAGAUUACGUUCUUGAGAAGUCUAGACAAGAAGCUCUUCAACGGUAUGAGCGUCCAGUUUAUAACGCAGAAACGGGCGAAGGAGGUGGCGGGUGGCACGACGUGCUUAUUCGAAAUUCCACCCUUUUCAGUCGAGAACAGUUCGCGGUAUUCAGGGCUGUACAUCAGUGGCGAGACAAACUUGCACGAUCCGAAGAUGAAGGCGUUCAAUAUAUUCUCUCAAAGCAAUCGCUUUUCAAAAUUGCCCACGCCAUGCCUCUGGAUCCAGCCUCUCUUUUCAGAACUAUCUCCCCUGUUUCCCCACCUGUCAGAGCCAGAAUGUCAGAGCUAGUCCAGGUUAUCAAGGAAGCAAAGCUUGCCGGCGCCACUGGCCCAGAACUCCGAGAUGUGCUUUUCCCAUACAAGCAGCGAACCGACGGAUCCAAACCCACAACGUCCCUGUCUUUAUCAUCCCCUCAAGCUGGAACAGUUAGCCAGCCCGCUAGGGCCGCUAGGGCCGAGGUGUCCGAACUUUGGGGCUCCACUCUAGAACAGAAACCCCAUCCACCAGUUCCAGUGCCACAUGCCUUGGCAGCUACCGCAGAAGCAUUACUGCUCUCUCUUCCCUUUCCAGAUAUGUCGACGAAAGUGUCAACCAGCACUAUCUCGUUGGUAGAAGAGACUACUCUAUCGCAAGCUAAUAUAUCUGAGACCAUCCCCGCUCCCAUGAAACCCAGCAGUACAACCAAUGAAAUUUUCACGAUUAAGCAAUUCGGGGCGCCAAAAAAAAGAAAGAUAACCCUAUCGACAGACGGUUCAGAAGACAUUGAGAGGGCUACAACUGCAGCUGCAGCUUCAACAAUAAUAACGCAAACUGGGACGGUCGCACUAACGGAUGAGCCUACAUCUCCCUCCGUCUCCGGUUCCAACGCCAGUUCUAAAUCAAAUCCACAUAAUUCUGAGGCCAAAGCAAAGAAUCGUCGGGAAAAGAAGAAGCAGAAAUUGGCAUCAGCGCUUCAACAGCAACAUAACCAUGCCACCAACAACAGCAGUAAUGGCGAAGAUAUAGCCAAUUUUACUCCUUUUGACUACAGCAACGCCGAAUCCUUCCUUCACGCCAAGUCUGUGGAGAAUAAAAACAAUGGGGGCAAUGAUGGACCAUAUCACGGGGGACACAAGCAGAAACGACAAUUCAACCCGUACGCCAAAGCAAUGGAAGGGCCACAGGGAAUGCAUAAAGUGAAAAAGGAGAUUGAGGGGAAAUCUUUUACUUUCCGAAAGUAG